UUUCAUUAAUUAAUUAGUUAGCUUGAAAUUAGUUUAGAGUUAGCGUUUAAUCAAUUUAAGAUUAUUAUAAGUUGAGAUUGGAUGGAUGCCCGCUCCUUGGGUAUCCUUUCCAAAGGACUGUUUUUAUAGUUUAAUGUCAAAGUAGUGUUUAUGAAGAAAAAAAUAAUGAAAAUGGAUCAUCUUUAAGAAUAUUUGUUAAUCUAGUCUUUCUCAUUACAUGUUUUAUGUUUUGUACAAAAUCACAAUUGGUGACAGUUAAAACUAGAGUCAGUAAUUGUUGUUUUAAUUUUUAAACUAAUACCAUAGUUAUUAUUUAUGGUUUUAAAAGGAAAAAAAUAAAAUUGAAUUUGAUGGUGUAUGGACAUACUAUUUUGACAAAUAUUUUCAGCAUGAGAUUAGAUUGAUAAUUUUUUUUUUUUUUAAAAAAAAAGAGACGGGAAACUCCUAUUUUAUGCGUGCUGGUGUACUGUGGUCUCUUGUUUUUCUGUUCUCGUGGGGGAAGGCGGGAAUGGCGGUUUGAAAGCUGUUUUUCCAAACAAGCCCUUAAUCUCUUUCACUCAUGAUUCACAUCCAUAUGAUGUGUUAUAGGCCCAAGAUUAGAGACUACGAUUCGAAACCAUCUGUGACCCAACCCAAGCUGGAUGGGCAGAAGUUGAACUUUUGGAGUUUAAGAAUAAAAUGGCCCAAAGUCACUUAAUUUGAUCUUAAUUAUUACUAAUCAACUUGAAGACAUUCAGCCGAAAGAUCCAGCGACAGGAGCCAAUCCUCCAAUGGUUAAAGAACCUACGUGGCAGCAGAUCCCCUACCACAAAGAGAUCCUCAACCACAGAGAGGUUGAAUUGUAGCCAGCUAAUUACAACCGUCAAUUUUUACUUCGUACGAACCUUCCCGCGAAAAGCGAAGGACGUAUUGGCCGUCGAUCUGUCCUAGAAUCCUAAAUCGGAACUGCUUACUGUCCAAGGCACCUGUAUUAUUAGGGUUCCUUCUUCCAUCCCAACUGUGCCCAUUUUUGGUUUUGCUAAUCUUUGUGGAUUUCUGUUAGCAAGACAGAAUCGCGAUGGCUUGCUUUUCUUUUGGAAUCAUUCGGCGGAACACCGACAUAUGCUUCAGAGAAUCUCAACUAUGGCGGAUCGAAGCGAGAUUUCAAUGCAGAGAGAAUUUGAUGUAGCAUAGAGAUCUGAAUCAAAGGUCUUGUUUUUGUGGUCUGUGUUUCGAAUGUUUCUUGGUUAUCAGACCUUUGCCAUGACAGGUGCCCUUGCUUGGCAGGUCACAGACAGUAAUAAAAAAAAUAUCAUUUGUUUGAGGGGAGAUCGCACGGGGAUUUUGCCCGGGUUCUCCCCUCUGGUGUGCCGUGUCCUGCUUUUCUUUCUAUUGAUAUCUUCCUACUCGCUCCUGCGCACUCAAAUGGGAAUCCGAAUUAUCAACUCGGUCUCAAAAGUUUGCUAUGAGGGAUUUUAUCUGCAUUACUAGUUGAUAAUCACACUUUGGAAGAUGAAAAGACCUUCAUUUCAUCGAGGUUCGUAUUUUUGAUCGGAUACUGAAUUUUGUUUACCACUUUGUCAGGCUAUGCACUUCAAUUUGGCAUUGGGUUGUCAUUUCUAAUUCAAAUUCCAUUCCGAUUGUUACCCUUUCUGAAUAAUGCACAGCAAUGACACACAGCGUUUGGAAAUUUCAAAAUCACAGCAUUUGGAAAUUUCAAAAUCUUUUGUACAGGAUGCCAUGAAUUUAAACAAUGUACUAAUAUCUAUUAUGUAUUACCUAUCUCUCCGCCCUUGGAUUCAUGUUGUGGUUAUUCAAAAAUACCCCAUUUUCAUACUGCGCAACAUGAAAGGAGAAUGAAACUUGAAGCUUCUGCCAAGGCAGGACAUGGAUCCUUUCUACUCUUGAUAGCCAGUUAUAAUAUUUGAAUCUAUAUUCUGUUAUGUAUGGUCAUUGGCAUUGGUGUUUAGUCCCUUGACUUCUAUAGCAGUCCAUGGUGACAUGAUGAAAAAGGAAAUGGAGGCAUCAGGCAAGUGCUCUGCUGGGGUCCAUGGCUUUGCAGUGAAGCUUAAUAUGGUAAUGCCAUUCAGAUCAAGAUUUUGUUUUCUGGUUUUCUUUCAUACUUCAUUUUACUGGGGUUAUGUGUUCACAUCCAUUGUUGCCAAUUUGGAGAAAUUUAUGAGGUUAUGCAAUUUGGACUACAUUUGAACAUAUGAAUUUCAAUAUUUUCAUCUGGGAAGUUAUUUUCCUUAGUCUCCAGUCUCCACUGUAGUUUCCAAUAAGAUGUUUUAUAUUUUGUGGUUUAUAGAUUAUUGCACUUGCAAUAUUGUUUUCUUCUUGGAACCCAUCCACGCUGUAGUAGUUUUGGGUAAAUCCAUACUUUUCAUAUAAAAAUUAUUAUAUUUCAUGUGAAAGUUACUACUAUUUUUUAUUUAUUCUUAAAGAUAGAAGCUUACAUGUUAUCCUUGUAAUGUUGUUACUAUUUUUCAGUCUUAAUCUCUAGUAGUGUUUUUCUUGCUAUUUUGUAGUCUUACUGUUUGAUAUUUUUUGCUCAAAAUCUCUCCAAAUUUCUUUUUGGUUGACUGGAAACAUGAUGAGCCUAUGUUUUGCAACGAAUCACCAUCUAUGGUCACUAUUUUCCUCACCUCCCCUGAAUCCAUUUCGGAAGUCUGUGCAUGUCCAUGGAAGAUUCCACAAAGACCCUUGAAAUUAAAUGUGAAUUUUUUUAAUUUUUUUUUAAAAAUAAAAGGUAUAAAAAAAAAUUCCUUAUUGACUAAACAAGAAGAAAAUUAGCAUAACACACUUAAAAAUCUUCUUUGUCAUCCAUAUGUAGGAAUGUAAGAGAAAUUCAAAUGUUAUAACAUCAUUAUUGAAAGCGAUUACAUCAGUUAAGAAAAGAAAGGAUGGAAGGAGCAGCAUUGGGUCAAAGGCUUCAAUAAGAAGAAAGCCUGAGCCUAUCUGUUAAGCAUUGGUCAGAUUUGGGUUGGGCCACUUGAAAUCUAAUGUUUGAGAUAAAAAAACCUGUAGGUAUAAGCCGAUUGGAAGGGAUUCAAGGUUUGUCUUAGUGCAGUGGGGCCUUUCUAAUAGAGGGGUAAAUGGAUAUGAAGUAGUUUAUCAAUUGCAAAGUAAAUCCUUGAUGUACUUGGUUUGAGAGAUACGGUCCUUUGAUUGUAUGCCUUACUUGAAUGCCUAAGAAAUAGUCUACUUCACUAAGAUCCUUUAAGGCAAAGUUCUUAUUGAGAGUUUAAACUUCUUCAUUGUUGUAUCUGGUAACUAAUAUGUCAUCAACAUAGACUAAGACAAAUAUCUUAUGAAUAAAAAGUGAUUGAUUUGAUCUAGUUGAGAUGAAUCCAAGGGUAAGAAGAACAUUACGUAGUUUCUCAAACCAAACUCUAGGGGCUUGCUUUAAUCCAUAUAAGGAUUUGUGUAAUUUGCAUACCAAAUUAGGUUGCUUAGGAUCCACAAAUCCAAGAGGUUGUUCCAUAAACACCUCUUCCUAUAUGUCUCCAUUAAAAAAUGCAUUGUUAAAAUCCAAUUUUGCCUAAUAGCCCAAUUCCUUGCUAGUUAACACCACUUUGAUAGUUGUUGGCUUAACUAUGGAGUUAAAAGUUCCAUUAAAGUUAGAAGUCAACCCCCUGAUGAAAGCCUUUAGCUACUAACCUAGUUUUUUGCUUGUUAAUUAUCCCGUCAGAAUUCUCUUUAACCUUGAGCACCCUCGUAUAAUUAAUUGCUUUUUCUCCUAUGUGGUAGAGACACUAAGGACCAUGUUUUGUUUUUCAUUAGUGCUAAGAAUUCAUCUAUCAUAGCUAUUUUCCAUUGUUCUUGUUGUAAAGCAUCAACAACUAAACUAGGCUCUAGUGUUGCAACAUAAACCUUUCGGUUGAAAAUCCCAUCUUUUUUGACAUGGUUAGCAUCUUGUGACAAUUUCCAUGACAAUUUCCAAACGCUAGCAUAGAAUAGUUUGGAGAGGAGUGAAACAAGACUUCCAAAGGAGUUCUCCAAUGUAAAUCUAAAGGAGGUAGCCUAUUGUAUAGGAAAACGAUAGCUCUAAAGGCCUUAUCUCAUUGCUUUAAAGGCAUAGAAGAUUUAGCUAAUAGAGUUUUCUACUAUAUGAUGAUGCUUUCUCUCUGCAAUCCCAUUUUGUUCAUGAGUAUGGAGACAAUAAUUUCUAUGAAUUAUAUUAUGAGAUACUAAGAGAUACAUAAAAAAAGCUCUAUAUUCUCCUUUUCAAUCAAUUUGAAUAGUCUUUAGUUUAUAACCAUGCUUCAACUCAACUUGUGUUUUGAAAUUUGAGAAACUUUGAAGAGCAUCUAACUCAUGCCUUAGCAAAAAGAUAUAAGUGAAAUGAGAGAAUGCAUCUAUAAAGCUAAUGUAAUAUCCAUAACCAUUGGAUUUGAGAGGGUCUUCUUUAGUCAGAGUAAACCAAUUGUGAAGGUUUUAUGUAGGUUGUGUAAUAUAAUCAAAAAACUUAUGAAUUUUACCAAGACAACAAACUAAAUAGAAAGAAUGAGAGUUUGAAUUAGGAAAAUGUAUUUUGCAAUUUGUGAACAUUAGAGAAGUUUCCUCAUGUAAGAUCAAUUCUAGAAGUUGGUACCAAGACAACAAACUAAAUAGAAAGAAAUGAGAGUUUGAAUUAGGAAAAGCUAUUUUGCAAUUUAUGAACAUUAGAGAAGCUUCCUCAUGUAAGAUCAAUUCUAGAAGUUGGUACCAAAUGGAACUUAAAUCAUUUAGACCAUGUUCGAUUGGCCUGGUAUAAUGUUAGAUAGAAUAAGAAAGUGUUGAGAUAUAUUAUCUAUAUUUCUUUUUAUAUUCAUUUUACAUGUGAUGUCUUAAUCUUAAAUUAUGAUAUAGGAUAUAAAUAUCUUAUAUAUAUCAUAAAUUUAUUUUUUAUUAUGUUUUUUUAAUUUUUUGUACUACUUUUUUUUAAUCAAAAUAACAACUUUUGAUUAAAAAUAAAUAAAUUUGUGAUUAAAAAAGAAAAAUUAUAAAAUAAACUACAUGUAUUAUUUAAUAUUUUCUUAUAUAUUAAACAACAUAAUAUAAAAAUAUUAUUUAUAAAUUUAAAAUAUUUUAAUUAAUAAUAAAUAUUGUUAAACUUAAAAGAAAUUUCACAUUUUUGUAAUAACAAAUAUUAGAAUGCAAUAUAAUUUUUAUUUUAAAUAAAUAUUAAAUAUUGAAAGAUAAUAUAUAUUUCAUUUUAUUUUUGUUCUCAUUUUCAUACUAAAUAUAAUCAUAACAUUCAAAUCUUAUUAUAUAUAGGAUAUCAAAUAAAUAAACCAAUAAUAAGAUAUCCAACAUCCAGUAACUUAUAUGAAAACCAAGAUGGAAGUGCAAGUAUAACCUUUGGAAAUUAUAAAACUGUAAAUGUAGAGGUAGAGUCAGAUAGUGAGAUAGAAAAUGUAAAUGUUAUACAAGAAGAUAUUUUACUAAACAUUGAGACAGUAGAAAACCUAUACAAAAACUCAGAGUUAGUAAAUAUAAUGUUAGAAGAAUUUAGUAAUCCAACAUUACUAGACGAACAAAUGGAUCAAGAAAACUUUGCUAAUAUAAUGUGUAACAACUAUACAGAUGACCAAAUAAUAGAGCAACUCUAUAAAACCAAUUUAAUCAAAAAACUUAUAGAUAUAUAAAUGAUAAAUCAAUUUACUAUUCAACCAAAAGUUAACGAAAACAUAGAAAUAAUCUCAAACGAAUCAAUAAAUACAAUAAAUGAAGAAAAAGAAACUGUAAAUGUAAAAAGUGAAAUAGUAAAAUAUAAUAAGUCGUAUAGCAAGCCAAAAGGACCUCAAUGGAAAACUAAAAUAGAACCUUCUAGUUCUUUGCAACCAAUAUACGAAUAUGGAACAAUAUUAGAUAUAGAUAGUGCACAAGAUCUUAGAAAAACCAUAGAAAAUUGGGAGCAAUCUUUAAAUUUAGCAGGUGUGGUAGUAUCCUUUGAAAAUCAACAAGAAAUUAAUGAAUUUUGUAAAAGCACCCUUAGAGGAACUGUACUACAAUUUUUUAGAAACAUGGAACAAGAAAACAACAGUUAUUUUCAAGAAGUCAGAAAUAAUUUUAGCAUAUCUGUAUUUAUAAAUCUAAUAAAACUUUAUUUUUUAGGAACAACACAAGAAGAUGUAAGGGAACCUGCAAUAUACCUUCAUAAGUUAGAACAAUUGAAAUUAUGUAACCUUUCAUAUAUAAGAGAAUAUGAACAAAAAUUUAGGAAAUAUGCAAUCCUUGCUAGAGUAGACAGAACCCCUGAAUAUUUAAAUAAAUAUAUAUUAAAAAUACAAGGACUCGUAGGACUUAGACUAUGGAAUGAAUUUACAACCUCUGAGUAUAAAAACUCUCCUUAUAUAGGUGCUAGAAUAGAAUUUGUAAAAAAUUGGUUAGAAAGAGAAUGUGUAAGCAUAGGAGAAAGAAGUCAGAUAAAGAAACAAGACAUAAAUCAACAACUUUGUAGAAAAUUACAUAUAGGAGAAAAUCUAGAUAUAGGAUGUAGAGAAUAUAAGUUUAGAAAACCUAAGAGAUAUAAUAAAUUUUUAAGAAGAAAGUCAAGAACCUUUUAUAAAAAACGACCAUAUCAGACAAGGUAUAAAAAACCUGGAAAGUUUUGGAUAAAAAGAAAAAGAACCUCAGAAAGAAAAAGACAGUGUAAAUGUUAUUUGUGUGGUCAGGAAGGCCAUAUAAGACCUGAAUGUCCUGAACUUAAAAAACCAUUAAAUGAACGAAAUAGAAAAACCCAAGUAAAAAUAAACCUAAUAAAUGAGUAUCAGCUAGAUAGUGAAGAAGAAGAACUUAUCAGUGAAUUAGACUUUGAAUGUGAAAAUUCAAGUGUAUAUAGUGUAGAAGAUAGUGAAAAUGAAAAAGAAGAAAUUUGUAUGAUUAUUGAAAAAGAGGAAAAUCAAGCUAAGAAGACCCCUUUAAAUUUAGAAAACUUUGUACAACCUUUAGAAAGUAAAAUAAAACCUUAUAAUAUAUGGAAAGAUUUACAAAUAAUAAUCAAAGGAAAAUUUUCAAAAGAAGAAGAAGAUAGUAGUUCAAAACCUAAGGACACAGAAGAACCAAAAAGUCCUAUAAAAGAACCAAUGAAUCCUGAAAAAAUAACCAUACAAACAAUAGAACAAGUAAAUAUGGCAAAUAAAGUUAAAUCUAUUAUUUUUCUAACAACAAUUAAAUUAAAAACCAUAGAAUUAAAGGUAGACGCAAUGUUAGAUACUGGAGAUACUAAAUCUAAAUAUACAAUAUUUCCUAUUGAACUUAUAGUAUGUUGAUUUAAAAAUCUAGUUAUUUUAUAAUUUUGAACUAAUUGUUUUUUGUAAGGUGUUACUUCCUUUACUGCCUUUUUUAAUUUUUCUUCAAUAAAUUCUUUUACAUUAUCUCGAGGGUUUAUUGCUUCUAUUAUUUCCAUGGUUUUAUUGCUAGAUUUUUUGGUUCAAAAGGAUUUAUUUUUCUUUCUAUUUUAAUUAUUGGUUUUUCUCCUAAAUUAAAGUUUUCAAAUUGUUUUAAAAGGUUAUUUAAUUUUUGUUCCUCUUAUAUUGCUAUUUUUCUUUGUUCUAAAAGUUUAUCUACUUUUUGGUUAAUUUUUUCUAAAGUUUCUUUUAAAUUUUGUUGUUCUAAUUUUAUUUGUUCUAUUUCUUUUCUAACAAAUUUUUCUUCUCUAGCUAAUUGUUCUUUAAUAUAAUCUAGGUUAUUUCUUAGCAAGUUAUGGUUCUUAAAGUCUUCCAGCUUCUUUUCUAAU